AUGGACGCUGCUCUGAUCGAACACGAUCCCGACUUCUGGUUCGCAGACGGCAGCGUCGUCAUCAUCGCCGAGGGCGUCGGUUUCCGCGUACACAUGUCCCUCCUCUCUCGCCACUCUCCCGUCUUUCGGGAUAUCUUCGCAGUUCCUCAGCCCGCCCCGGGCCCAGGGAACGAAUCGGACGGCGGCGGUAGCUACCAGGGAGUCCCUAUUGUCCACGUCUCCGAAAGGGCUCAUGACAUGCGAUGUCUGCUGCACGCUAUCUACGAUGGCCGAAGAUAUCUCCAAGACAUGACGCCUAACAUCCCGUUCGCGGUCCUCGCCGCGCUCAUGCGCUUGAGCCACAAGUACGAGCUCACAGACGUCAUGAACGAGGCGGCGAAGCAUCUCAAGGAGUACUUCACCACCGACCUGGACACCUGGCUGGACUACCAAGGAGAACAAGCUGCAGACCUCUUCGAGUGCGUGAACCUCGCGCGCUUGACGGGCAAGCCCGCGAUGCUCCCCACCAUGCUUUACAUGUGCUGCCAGCUUGGAAUCGGCAACAUUCUGAGGGGCAGCAAACGGCGCACCGGCGUUAUCGAACGCCUUAGCGAAGAAGACACCGAGAUAUGUGUUAUCGGCUAUACGCGGUUGCUGACACUUUCGGUCCGUGUCCUUACAAUUCUCGAGGGUGCGACGUGCGCCACGCUAUGCAAGUCCCCGGUGGCGUGCUCACCGCAGAUCCAACGAUUCGUCCGGAUCGUCCACCAGAAUCAUCUGGAGAUAUUUAGCACCAACGCCCUGUCGCCGAAUAUUUGGCGACACAUCCCCUUCGCGGCGCUUGUCUCCUGGUCGGACCUGUGCAGCGUCUGCCAUGAUGGCCUCGUGCAAAAGUACAGGACGACGCAGCGAAGGGCGUGGAAUGAACUUCCGAGCGUCUUUUGCCUCGAGCAGGGAGAGGUGGGAGAUAUUUGGGCGAAACGCUAUAACACAUGGAAUGCUACGAAUCCGAUUUGA